GACAUGAUGGAUGUGACAGUUCUGAUGUCAAUUCAGUAUCUGAUAGAGGAUUGUCACGACACCCCCAGUGUGAAGUCAACACUUCUGCAACACAUCUACCACUACAUCCUGUUUGACUUCUCACUGUGGAGCAAGACACAUUUUGCAGUUAGAAUAGGUAACAAAAAGCAAGACACAUUUUCCGGUUAGAAUAUGUAACAAAAAGCAAUACACAUUUUACAGUUAGAAUAUGUAACAGAAAGCAAGACACAUUUUCAAAUUAGAAUAUGUAACAAAAAUCAAGACACAUUUUGCAGUUAGAGUAUGUAACAAAAAGCAAGGCACAUUUUCCAGUUAGAAUAUGUAAAUAAAUUUGGAUAUUAAAACUAAAGGGCUGGAUGACAUUAAAUGUAUGUGCAUUUGAUUGAGCGACUGUUGAAUUUUAAAAAAAAUAUAAAUAUUGUUUCCUAGGACACAUCCAGUAUCUAUCCACCAUCAUCAAAGAAGAUCGCAAAUAUUUCAGAAAGAUGUAUGGCGUGCAAUUUUUCCUGGAUAUCAUCAGGGCCUAA